AUGGUUAUUGAGAGUUUCCUUUGCUGUUUCAGCAUCUACGAAGGAUCUUGGAUAUGUGGAAUUUUAAGUCUGGUAUAACAACAGCCUUAAGAUAUGAUAUAUCUCAACGAUUUAUUAUGACUGAAGCAAUUUUGAAAGCUACCGUAUUUUUUUGCUCUUCAGAUUCUUGGUGUCUUGAGAGUCGGCCUUCAGUGGUUUACACUUAUGUUCCGUCAUCGCAUGACGAAAGAGGCAAGAAAGCUCUUACCUAUCAAAUUCAGCAGUAAGUUAACUGAAAAUCAAACUGUGGAUAAUUUUAAGAUCAUACUGAGCGAAUUACGCUAAAUAAUGUUUCAUUAUAAUAUCGCCAUUGCUCUUUUGCUUGUAAAUUUUACUCGUUGUCAAUUAACCUAUAUAAUAUUGAUGCAAUGUAUCUGAAUGUAUCGAGCGUUGUUUUCUUAAUGAUGAUAUGGUGGGUUAUUCGCAAUUUCUGUUUAUGACUUCCUGUUGCGUUAAAAACUUAGAGUGAUAGUUUUUUGUGUUAGAACAAAAGUCCACAUCGAUAGAAGCCUGGAUCGAAAGGUCCAUGUCAAGAAUGUGAAAAACAACUGGCAUAUCAUUCUCGAGGAAAUAAUUGUGUCGUAUAUUAGUAGCAUAGACUUGGGCUAGCACGUCUGAGAGCUCAGUAAAACACCGACGCCCUAUUUACUGCUCGAAAAAUGUCAAACUCAGGACAAGAACUUUUAGUUUCUUUCAUCGGCGCACGUGGCCCUUUGCGCAUAAAUCGCGAGAACUGGAAGAAUAGUAAUUGGUCGAGCGGGAAUGCACUUUGCUUGCUCCAUGCUUUCAGAUAGUGGAUGGCUGCUUUUCUUGCUUACCUUUCUCUGCGCCGUUUCCACUAUCUAAAUGUCUGAAAUAGGCUAGAAUUCAGCCGAUCAAGACAUGGAUAGCCAGCGUGGCUGGCGCGCGUGAAAACACGAAAGGCGCAAAUCUCCUCUCUUCUUUGCUUGCUGCUCCCCUUUCGAACCCUUCCGGUGUAGGUUAGUUAAAAAACUGUAUUUUAACACUAAAUUUACGCGAUGGAUUAACGAGAAUGAGAAAAGAAGAUUUGAAAGAGCAUUAUUUUUUUGGUUUCAGCUCUCCAAAUGAUAACCAUCUUUCAGAUAUCUGUUGCUGCGAUUUCCAUGGUCGUGGCUGUCGUGAUGCUAGUUGGACUUUUCAAGGUUAGCUUUUAUAGACUGCUAACAGUCUCUCUUUUUUUCAGAUUUUGUGUAGCCUGCGAAAACAUCCGUUUCUCCCCAGCGGCGAAGAGCGAGGAGAAACGGAUGUUUUCGCAGGCUAGAUUUUGUGAGGGGAGUGCACGCACACGAGCGUUGAGCAGCGAGGCCGCGAGACCCUUAAGUCACGCGGUCACGUGCGUGGUUAUUUUCGUGUCUCCAGCGUUUCGCUCGACGGACUAAGAAGAAAGAUAGACUGAUUGUUUUCUAGUUUUUAAGACAUAUUAAACUUUAUCUUUUUACAGCAGUUGGCAACUGAAUUGUGAAAUACUUUUAUUACGAUUUUUCGUUUCGUUUCAGCGCUGGCGAUGGUUAUUAUGUCCUUGGAUGGUGUGGGUUGUAGUAGAGGAACUGUUUUCUAUUCUUGUUAUCAUCUUCUAUGUAUAUUAUGGAGUCAAGGUGUGGUCUCUCUCUUACAAUCUUCCUAACAGUCUCUGCGUUUUAAUCAACCUUCUCCUAACGACCUUAGCUUAAUAAUAAUAAUAAUAAUAAUAAUAAAUCGAAAGUGAAAGGAAGAACAACGAAGGUGCGUCAAAAACAACGACAAAAACAAAAAUAAAUACAUGACCUAAAGUUACAAGCAAACAGACGCAACAACUCCCAACAAUGUUUGUAGUGUUGUUGCGUUCGUUUGCACGUGGCUAAAAGUUUGACCGGUUUCAAGCUUUGUGCAACAACUCCCAGCAAACGUCAAGAACAUGCAACAGGGUGUGCAAACGGAUGCAACAUCCAAAAAUGUUGGGAGUUGUUGGCCAAUAAUAAGGAGUCGUUUUGAACGGGGUUUUUAAAAAGAAGAAAUUGCGGGAGUAACUGAAAAUUGUCAAGUAUUGGAGACGAAUAAUAAAAACCUUUAAACAGUCGAAAUGCUUAGUUCCCUUUUGAAAAGUUUAAUUUCUCUAAAGGUCCAUACACGGUCCAAGAAAGUUGCCAAGUAUGUUUUUCAAGAAACCAACAAUUAUCAAAGACAGGGCAGAUAUGAGGACUUCUAUACGGAUAAUGUUUCAUCGUUUGGCUGCAGGGCCCUUCAGUGAAAUAUGUAUAUAACAAUGCAGUACGAUACCGUUGUGUGUAACAAUGCAGUACCAUACCGUUCAAGCCAUCAUUUACCAGUGACUGUUGAGCAGAAUACACACACGCAAUCGAAUGCAAGAACCUUACAUUUAACAUGGAGCUUGUUAGCUUUGCACAUGGGGCAACACCCUAAUUUGAUCAGGUUAUAAAGGCGAAGGAUUUCUCAGUUUAUCGGGAAUCAGUUUAUGGCGAAUCCUAUCAAUCCAAAUUUACUGGAAAAAAAGAAAGUUUUUACUUAAGACAACGGUUCAACUAUAGGACUAUACUCGCCGGUUUGGGACACCAACAUGGUCGCCGUUAUAUCGUCAGAGAUGAAGAGAUUAGGGGACCAGGGCACCCCGCCGUUUCCGUUUGUCCAGAUACGAGUUUCCACCCAGCCCCGAUCAUAAAUCUGCGGAACGUUAUGUACCUACACUGAAAUAUAUUAUUAUCUCUUGCAGUUGAAUUGCUCUGUGUACAUAUCUGAUGCAGUAAUGUUUUUCAUCUUUGUGAGUAGUACAAUUUUUAUGCAUGGGAGGGGUGGGUGAGAGUAAACGCUUUUAUUGGCUUAUUACAGUGAAACCUUUCUUAAGCAAACGCUACCGUCUGGGAAGUCACUUUUUUUUAAUAUAAAUUUUCUGAAAAACAAAAUGUGUAUUUGGUAGACAAUUGCAAGAGUCCCGUGGGGGUUUUCUUUAAAAAGGGGCGGAGGCAUUUGCCACAUAUGUGAAAAGCAGUCAAAUUUGCCUGCUGGAAUUCCUUUAACAGUGAACACUGGUGAAUAAACAAAUCACUCAUGAACUUACAAAUACAAAAAAAUUAUAAAUAAAUAUUACCAGUAUGUACCGGUAUAUCCUGUAAAUCGAUUAGAUAAAUAAAUGUUAACCUCCUAAUUAAUCAUACUCUAACAGAUACGCAGGCAGAUUGUUAAUGAAACUAGCACAAUUAAUAACCAUAAGAUUUUUUUACAGAUGUACUUCAUACUGUGCGUUUAUUCACACUUUAAGGAUCUAAGACGACAACAGUUCGUCAGAAUGGUACGCAUAGCUAUUAAUAUUCAUUUCUGA